AUGGCACACUCACACUCCCACGACACCGGCCUAAGCCACUCCCACGACCCCCUCGACGGCCACGGCCACUCGCACGAGAUUCUCGACGGACCGGGCUCAUACGCCAACCGCGAGAUGCCUCUGAUCGAGGGCCGGGACUGGAAGGAUCGGGCUUUCACUAUUGGAAUUGGAGGACCCGUCGGAUCGGGCAAGACGGCUCUAAUGCUAGCGCUGUGUCACGCUCUGCGCGAUGAGUAUAACAUCGCAGCUGAUGCCGAAUUCCUAACGCGCCACAAAGCCCUCGCACCCAAGCGCAUCCGGGCCAUCGAGACAGGCGGGUGCCCGCACGCAGCAGUGCGCGAAGACAUCAGCGCCAACCUACUCGCGCUACAAACGCUCCAACGCCAAUUUACCACAGACCUCCUCCUCAUCGAGUCCGGCGGCGACAACCUCGCGGCCAACUACUCGCGCGAGUUAGCCGAUUUCAUCAUCUAUGUCAUCGACGUAGCGGGCGGCGACAAGGUGCCGCGAAAGGGCGGGCCGGGGAUUACGGGCUCGGACUUGUUGGUUGUGAACAAGAUUGACCUUGCGCAGGCGGUUGGUGCCGAUCUGGGGGUUAUGGAGCGGGAUGCGGGGGGUCCGACUGUUUUUGCGGUUGUUAAGGAGGGGAAGGGUUUGGAGCAUAUUGUUAACUUGAUACUCAGUGCUUGGAAGGGGAGUGGUGCUUAUGAGGAGAGUUUGAAGAGGUGGAAGGCUGGUGCGGUGAGAGGGUCGGGGAGUGUGGAUGAGUAG